AAAAAAAAGAAGGUUUUGAGAAUUCAUUCUCUUAUUACAAGGGCGAUCUGGUAGAGAGAGUUGUAACUAGUAGCACAUUUGUGUGAAAGUUCUUCUCUACCUUUAACCCUUGUGGCUUUUACUCAGUCCUUGUUGUCCUCAAUAUUACAAGCCCUAAUUUGACAAGCGAAGUAAUCCAGGACCCGGCUUUACAAGUCUUUCCUGAAAGAAGUGAAAAAUGAACGACCCGAACUUGGUUUCAACACCGACCCAACCACAGUCCAACCCGGAAUACGCGUCCCUGGAGAAGAUGGAUGUUUUGUACCCAUCUGCUGAAUGUGCUGGUGAGAAGUUGGAAGUGUCCAAUAAUGAUGUCGUUAACUCCUCCUCCAAGACCCAAGCAAACAAAGGGUCCAACUGCACACUUUACAGAAUCAAGAACCUGACCCAAUUCCGGAUCCGCUUUCACGACGCCUAUGAUGGGAAGGACUAUAUCAUUCAACGCGGAACCGACGGAUGCCCUGAGGUCUGGCUUCCCCUUGCAACGGAGACACAUUCCUCUUUGCAUCUCUUAUUCCAGGACGGUUCAUCACGCCAGUUCUUGACUAUUUACGGCGAAAGUGACGAUGAUCAACACAUAACCAUUGCCGACCACACGAGAUCCGCCACUUUCCCCACUCAUACUAGCAUUCCUUUCGUCUCGAGCAAAGGUUGCCUUACCAUCUUCUCAACUGCACAUCCAAACUACCGCAUCGACUGUUUCCGCCACAACCCGGUGAUCCCUGACGAUCUGGUUAACAUUUUCUACACUACCUGCCCUGAUAGUUGA